ACCGCUGCUGCCGCCGCCGCCGCUGCUACCACUGCUACUGGAGGUGGGCAGGCGCCUCCGCGGUUCUUUAUUCUCUCUCCAAAGCCGUUGCUCCUCCCGCCGCUGCCAUCGUGCUCCCCCGCCUCUGCCAGGCAGGAGCAGACAGGCCCUGCACCGGCGCCCCUGGUCUCUGGGGCCUUCCCUGCAGUGCAGAGGCUACCGAAGACAGCACUGGCUAGUGGGCAGAAGAAUUGUAACCAACAGGGGUGGCCUUGGCUCUCCAUCAUCACCCUUUGCCUGCUUCUGAGCUCACGUUUGGGAUUUCUACUUGGAGAGAAUUCUGCUUAUCUCCUACCAUGAGCCUGGAGGGCUGGGGAGAGGACCUGGUGCUCCCCUAGCCAUAACUGGCUAAACUUUGAGAUCACAGCUGCAUCUGCUGCUCCAGAGCACCCAGCAUGGGGGGAGUAGCUCCGAAGAGGCCUAAGGGCACUCCAUAAGAACUCCCACACACACCCAGGAAUUGGGCUCGAGCUGUAUCAUGCCUCCUCUGCCACUGGAACACAGACCCAGGCAGGAGCCUGGUGCCUCCAUGCUGGUUCGAUACUUCAUGAUCCCCUGCAACAUCUGCUUGAUCCUGUUGGCUACUUCCACGUUGGGCUUUGCGGUUCUGCUUUUCCUCAGCAACUACAAACCUGGAAUCCACUUCACACCAGCGCCUCCUACGCCUCCUGAUGUAUGCAGGGGAAUGUUAUGUGGCUUUGGUGCUGUGUGUGAACCUAGUGUUGAGGACCCAGGCCGUGCCUCCUGUGUGUGCAAGAAGAAUGCUUGCCCUGCUACGGUGGCUCCCGUGUGUGGCUCAGAUGCCUCCACCUAUAGCAACGAGUGCGAGCUGCAGCGCGCCCAGUGCAACCAGCAGCGGCGCAUCCGCCUGCUUCGCCAAGGGCCAUGUGGGUUCCGGGACCCCUGUGCCAACGUGACCUGCAGUUUCGGUAGUACCUGUGUACCUUCGGCUGACGGACAGACUGCCUCAUGUCUGUGUCCUACAACCUGCUUCGGGGCCCCUGAUGGCACAGUGUGUGGCAGUGACGGUGUUGACUACCCUAGUGAGUGCCAGCUGCUUAGUCAUGCCUGUGCCAGCCAGGAGCACAUCUUCAAGAAGUUCAAUGGUCCUUGUGACCCCUGCCAGGGCAGCAUGUCAGACCUGAACCACAUUUGCCGUGUGAACCCACGUACACGGCACCCAGAAAUGCUUCUGCGGCCUGAGAACUGCCCUGCCCAGCACACACCUAUCUGUGGAGAUGAUGGGGUCACCUAUGAAAACGACUGUGUCAUGAGCCGUAUAGGUGCAACCCGUGGCCUGCUUCUCCAGAAAGUACGCUCUGGUCAAUGCCAAACUCGAGACCAGUGCCCGGAGACCUGCCAGUUUAACUCCGUAUGCCUGUCCCGCCGUGGCCGUCCCCACUGUUCCUGCGAUCGUGUCACCUGUGAUGGGUCUUACAGGCCUGUGUGUGCCCAAGAUGGGCACACAUACAACAAUGACUGUUGGCGCCAACAGGCUGAGUGUCGACAACAGCGGGCCAUUCCUCCCAAGCACCAGGGCCCGUGUGACCAGACCCCGUCCCCAUGCCAUGGAGUGCAAUGUGCAUUUGGGGCAGUAUGCACAGUGAAGAACGGGAAAGCCGAGUGCGAGUGCCAGCGGGUGUGCUCCGGCAUCUACGAUCCUGUGUGCGGCAGUGACGGUGUCACUUACGGCAGUGUGUGCGAGCUGGAAUCCAUGGCCUGUACCCUUGGGCGGGAAAUCCAAGUGGCCCGCAGAGGACCCUGUGACCGAUGUGGGCAGUGCCGUUUUGGAUCCCUGUGCGAGGUGGAGACUGGCCGCUGUGUGUGCCCCUCUGAGUGUGUAGAGUCAGCCCAGCCCGUAUGCGGUUCUGACGGACACACAUACGCUAGUGAAUGUGAGCUGCAUGUCCACGCCUGUACGCACCAGAUCAGCCUACACGUGGCCUCAGCUGGACACUGCCAGACCUGUGGAGAAAAAGUUUGUACCUUUGGGGCUGUGUGCUCAGCUGGACAGUGUGUAUGUCCCCGUUGUGAGCACCCUCCACCUGGCCCUGUGUGUGGCAGUGAUGGUGUCACCUACCUCAGUGCCUGUGAGCUACGAGAAGCUGCCUGUCAGCAGCAGGUACAAAUUGAGGAGGCCCAUGCAGGGCCGUGUGAGCCGGCUGAGUGUGGCUCAGGGGGCUCUGGUUCUGGGGAGGACGACGAGUGUGAACAGGAGCUGUGCCGGCAGCGUGGUGGUAUCUGGGACGAGGACUCAGAAGAUGGGCCAUGUGUCUGUGACUUUAGCUGCCAGAGUGUCCCUAGAAGCCCAGUGUGUGGCUCGGAUGGAGUCACCUAUGGCACCGAGUGUGAUCUGAAGAAGGCCAGGUGCGAAUCACAGCAAGAACUGUACGUUGCUGCUCAGGGAGCCUGCCGUGGCCCUACCUCGGCUCCACUGCUACCUGUGGCCUUCCCACACUGCGCCCAAACCCCCUAUGGCUGCUGCCAGGACAAUGUCACUGCUGCCCAGGGUGUGGGCUUGGCUGGCUGUCCCAGCACCUGCCAUUGCAACCCCCAUGGCUCCUACAGUGGCACUUGUGACCCAGCCACAGGGCAGUGCUCCUGCCGCCCAGGUGUAGGAGGCCUCAGGUGUGAUCGCUGUGAACCUGGCUUCUGGAACUUCCGUGGCAUCGUCACUGAUGGACAUAGUGGUUGCACUCCCUGCAGCUGCGACCCUCGGGGUGCCGUAAGGGAUGACUGUGAGCAGAUGACUGGAUUGUGUUCCUGUAGGCCUGGUGUGGCUGGUCCCAAGUGUGGACAGUGUCCAGAUGGUCAAGUCCUGGGCCAUGUAGGCUGUGAAGCAGAUCCCAUGACGCCUGUGACUUGUGUGGAGAUACACUGCGAGUUCGGGGCCUCCUGCGUAGAGGAGGCUGGUUUCGCCCAAUGUGUCUGCCCAACCCUCACAUGUCCAGAGGCUAACUCUACCAAGGUCUGCGGAUCAGACGGUGUGACAUAUGGCAAUGAAUGCCAGCUGAAGGCCAUUGCCUGCCGCCAGCGUCUGGACAUCUCCACUCAGAGUCUUGGUCCCUGCCAGGAGAGUGUUACUCCUGGGGCUUCCCCAACAUCUGCAUCAAUGACUACCCCAAGGCAUAUCCUGAGCAAGACGCUGCCAUUUCCCCACAACAGCCUUCCUCUGUCUCCCGGCAGUACCACCCAUGAUUGGCCCACCCCAUUACCCAUAUCACCUCACACCACAGUCAGCAUCCCCAGAAGCACCGCAUGGCCUGUGCUGACCGUGCCCCCUACAGCAGCAGCCUCUGAUGUAACCAGUCUCGCAACAUCAAUCUUCAGUGAAUCCGGCAGCGCCAAUGGGAGUGGCGACGAGGAACUGAGUGGAGAUGAGGAGGCCAGUGGGGGCGGGUCUGGGGGACUUGAGCCCCCGGUGGGCAGCAUUGUGGUGACCCAUGGGCCACCCAUCGAGAGGGCUUCCUGCUACAACUCACCUUUGGGCUGCUGCUCAGAUGGCAAGACACCCUCACUGGACUCCGAAGGCUCCAACUGUCCUGCUACCAAGGCAUUCCAGGGCGUGCUGGAGCUUGAGGGGGUCGAGGGACAGGAACUGUUCUACACACCUGAGAUGGCUGACCCCAAGUCAGAGUUGUUUGGGGAGACCGCAAGGAGCAUUGAAAGCACGCUGGACGACCUGUUCCGGAAUUCAGACGUCAAGAAGGACUUCUGGAGUGUCCGCCUACGGGAACUGGGGCCUGGCAAGUUGGUCCGCGCCAUUGUGGACGUUCACUUUGACCCUACCACAGCCUUCCAGGCAUCAGAUGUGGGUCAGGCCUUGCUCCGACAGAUCCAGGUAUCUAGGCCAUGGGCCCUGGCAGUGAGGAGGCCUCUGCAGGAGCAUGUGCGAUUCUUAGACUUUGACUGGUUUCCCACUUUCUUUACGGGAGCUGCAACAGGAACUACAGCAGCUAUGGCCACAGCCAGAGCCACCACUGUGAGCCGACUGCCGGCCUCUUCCGUCACCCCACGAGUCUACCCCAGUCACACCAGCCGGCCUGUUGGCAGAACUACAGCACCACCAACCACUCGCCGGCCACCAACCACUGCCACCAACAUGGACCGGCCUCGGACCCCAGGCCAUCAACAGCCCCCAAAGUCCUGUGAUUCCCAACCUUGCCUCCAUGGAGGUACCUGCCAGGACCAGGAUUCUGGCAAGGGUUUCACCUGCAGCUGUACUGCAGGCAGGGGUGGCUCUGUCUGUGAGAAAGUACAACCCCCCACCAUGCCAGCUUUUAAGGGCCACUCCUUCUUGGCCUUCCCCACCCUCCGAGCCUACCACACACUGCGCCUAGCACUGGAAUUCCGGGCUUUGGAGACAGAGGGACUGCUACUCUACAAUGGCAAUGCACGCGGCAAAGAUUUCCUGGCUCUGGCUCUAUUGGAUGGGCGUGUGCAGUUCAGGUUUGACACAGGCUCAGGGCCAGCAGUGCUAACGAGCUUAGUGCCAGUGGAACCAGGACGGUGGCACCGCCUCGAGUUGUCACGGCAUUGGCGUCAGGGCACACUUUCUGUGGAUGGCGAGACUCCUGUUGUAGGUGAAAGUCCCAGUGGCACCGAUGGCCUCAACUUGGACACGAACCUCUAUGUGGGUGGUAUCCCAGAAGAACAAGUUGCCAUGGUGCUUGAUCGGACCUCUGUGGGCGUUGGCCUGAAAGGAUGCAUUCGUAUGCUGGAUAUCAACAAUCAGCAGCUGGAGCUUAGCGACUGGCAGAGGGCUGCGGUUCAAAGCUCUGGUGUGGGAGAAUGUGGAGACCAUCCGUGCUUACCUAACCCCUGCCAUGGUGGGGCCCUAUGCCAGGCACUGGAGGCUGGCAUGUUCCUCUGUCAGUGCCCGCCUGGCCGCUUUGGCCCAACUUGUGCAGAUGAAAAGAGCCCCUGCCAGCCGAACCCCUGCCAUGGGGCAGCCCCCUGUCGUGUGCUUUCCAGCGGUGGGGCCAAGUGCGAGUGCCCCCUGGGACGCAGUGGUACCUUCUGUCAGACAGUCCUGGAGACUGCUGGCUCCCGGCCCUUCCUGGCUGACUUUAAUGGCUUCUCCUACCUGGAACUGAAAGGCUUGCACACCUUCGAGAGAGACCUAGGGGAGAAGAUGGCGCUGGAGAUGGUGUUCUUGGCUCGUGGGCCCAGUGGCUUACUCCUCUACAAUGGGCAGAAGACAGAUGGCAAGGGGGACUUUGUAUCCCUGGCCCUGCAUAACCGGCACCUAGAGUUCUGCUAUGACCUUGGCAAGGGGGCUGCAGUCAUCAGGAGCAAAGAGCCCAUAGCCCUGGGAACCUGGGUCAGGGUAUUCCUGGAACGAAAUGGCCGCAAGGGUGCCCUUCAAGUGGGUGAUGGUCCCCGUGUGCUAGGGGAAUCUCCGAAAUCCCGCAAGGUUCCGCACACCAUGCUCAACCUCAAGGAGCCUCUCUAUAUUGGGGGAGCUCCUGACUUCAGCAAGCUGGCCAGGGGGGCUGCAGUGUCCUCUGGCUUCAAUGGUGUCAUCCAGCUGGUGUCUCUAAGAGGCCAUCAACUGCUGACUCAGGAGCAUGUGUUGCGGGCAGUAGAUGUCUCACCUUUUGCAGACCACCCUUGUACCCAGGCCUUGGGCAACCCCUGCCUUAAUGGGGGCUCGUGUGUCCCGAGGGAAGCCACUUAUGAAUGCCUGUGUCCUGGGGGCUUCUCUGGGCUGCACUGCGAGAAGGGGCUAGUUGAGAAGUCAGUGGGGGACCUAGAAACACUGGCCUUUGAUGGGCGGACCUACAUCGAAUACCUCAAUGCUGUGAUUGAGAGCGAGCUGACCAAUGAGAUCCCAGCCCCUGAAACUCUGGAUUCCCGGGCCCUUUUCAGUGAGAAGGCACUGCAGAGCAACCACUUUGAACUGAGCUUACGCACUGAGGCCACUCAGGGGCUGGUGCUGUGGAUUGGCAAGGCUGCAGAACGUGCAGAUUACAUGGCCCUGGCCAUCGUGGACGGGCACCUGCAACUGAGCUAUGACCUAGGUUCCCAGCCAGUUGUGCUGCGCUCCACUGUGAAGGUCAACACCAACCGCUGGCUUCGAAUCAGGGCUCACAGGGAGCACAGGGAAGGUUCCCUUCAGGUGGGCAACGAAGCCCCUGUGACUGGAUCUUCCCCAUUGGGUGCCACGCAACUGGACACAGAUGGAGCCCUGUGGCUUGGAGGCCUGCAGAAGCUUCCUGUGGGGCAGGCUCUACCCAAGGCCUAUGGCACAGGUUUUGUGGGCUGUCUGCGGGACGUGGUAGUGGGCCAUCGCCAGUUGCAUCUGCUGGAGGACGCUGUCACCAAACCAGAGCUAAGACCCUGCCCCACUCCCUGAGCUGCCACCAGAGCUGCCACCUUCCCUACUGUAAUUAUUUUCUAUUUUUGUAAACUUGUUGCAUUUUUAUAUGAUUUUCUUGACUGCACGUUGGCCAGAAGGACUGCUGGCCUGGCCUCCUUUCCGUCCGGGCAGCUGUGCUGCAGAGACAAAGUGGUGCUAAGGGACUCUUAAGUAGACCGCAGCACCUAGAGCCCUGGGCUUUGAAGGCAGCCUUAGACAUACUCCUCUGCCUAAGGUACCGUGCCUCAGCCCCUUGCACUGUAUGUUUCUACCUGUCCACUUGUAUUGGUCCUUUGGGUCUCCUGGCCCAUUGUUAGGCCCUGUUUGUGUGUUAUUAAUGUGUUAUUGGAUGAGAACUGUAUCCCUGAGCAGGAGGGUGCUGUUGGGGUUGAGGGGGCCCUUCAUUAAACCAAGUAACAUUGGGUCCUUUGUAGGUUCCCACUUAAGCUGCUCUCCUGUGUGUGCUAAGGGCCAGCCUCACCCCAAGCUAGCCUGGACCCCUAGUGCUCCCUGUGACAAUACUGUGAUAUAAAAAACCUGAUAAUUGGGGCAUCAUCUUACUUCCCAAAAUGUGUUUGCCUGUCCCUGGAGGCUGUAAACAGAAGCCAGGCUCCAUCUAGGUUGUCCUGGCUGGUCCUCAGUUGGCCUUACCCACCUACUCAGUUACCCUGAACAUGGUCAUCCUUUCCCCAAAACACCAGGCCACUUAGGAAUCCCUAAGAGGGAGUGCAUCACUACGGGAUGUGGUUGACCUCCAUUGCUUACCUGCCUAAGCAGCCAGCUACAUCUGUCUCUCAAAGAUGUCCAGCCAGACUCCUAACUAUAUACUUCGACCAUUGAUUUUGUUUGAUUUCUGAUGUGGAAGUGCGGUCAUUCCUGUUCUAACGCACAGCAAACUUUAAUUGGUCUAACGUGAGGGCAACCCACAGUUGGUCCAUUGUAACGAUGGUCAUCCUUGUUUGAGUGACAGUUACUGCCCGGUGUCCAGCCGAGGGCAGGGACUAGAAUGGCAGAGAUGACUAUAGAGCCAAAAAUGACUGAAACUGAAGCAACCGUCUGCUUCUCCAUCCCCUAUCUUUAAUGUCCAGCACAGUCAUCUCGGGAGAAAAACCAGACAAAUCUGGGAUGGGGGCAGUCUGACCUUCUUCCUGCUUCGGUGAUCAAGGCUAGAGGGAACUGCAUGGUAUCUUGUUACUAACUCCAGUAUGUGUCAAUGUCAAAUACCAUGAAAUAAAGUCUGAAAACCUUAAAA